AUGACUUCCAAAGAUUCGGAGAAGCCAACUGUCGUUCACGACCCAGAACCAAUUGACCUCUUUACCAAACAGUCACUGAGCAUGGAUAACCAAGUCUACGAGACCAAGUUUGCAUCCCUUGGACGAUGGGCCGUUGUCAAGACCUUUUGGAAGGCUCUCCUUUUCUGCAUGAUAUUGAAUUGGGCAGCACUGAACGACGGCUUCCAGCAACAGAUCCCCGGUAACGUUAUCCCGAUGCAAGCCUUCAUCAACACCAUGUCCGACACCACCAUCAACGGCAAGCCAGCCGUCAGCGCUCGAGUUGUCUCCUACUGGCAGGGUUUCGCUGAGAUGUCCAAGACUCUCGGCAUGUUCACUGGUGGUUACUUUGCCGAUAGAUUCGGUAGAAAGAAAGCUCUCUGCGGUGCGAUCGUUAUACUUCUCGGAGGCUCUGUUGCCGAGAUCACAGCUUCAAGUUGGAAAAGUUGGCUCGGAGCUGCCGUUCUCGUCCGGCUUGGUGUCGGACUUGCGCAGUCGAUCCUCAUCACCUAUGUCUCCGAGCUCACACCUUUCCAGAUUCGAGGUCUCAUGAUUGGUGCCUAUCAGCUUUGCCUUGGGUUUGGACAGCUCAUCAGCGCCGUCGCAACACAACUCAUUACUAUUCAUCAGCCGACCAAAUGGAGACCUCUGAUUGCCACUGAGUUUAUUUUCACUGGACAAUUGGGGAGUCAAAAACUGACAGUUCUCUCCAAGCUUCUUAUCUUGAUGGUAUGGCUCGUCCCCGAGUCUCAUAUCUACUACGCUCGCAAGGGAGAGGAUGACAAGGCCAAGAAGUCUAUGCUCACCCUCUACGGUAACAUUGACGGGUACGAUGUGGAACAUGAGUACCGUGUAAUUCAGCACGGUAUCGAAGCCGAGCGACAGCUGCAUCUCGAGUCCAAGUCCUCGUCCUUCUUUGAGAUCUUUGACAAGCAUAACUGGCGAAGAACAUUGGCUGGGUGCAUGGGUAUCUGCAGUCAAUGGGCUGCGGGAGCACCAAUUGUGUUUUCGUACUCGACAUACUUCUUUGCUGUUGCUGGUCUGAAGGACCCCUUCCUCGUCACCAUCAUUACCUUCGUUCUCCUCAUUAUCGCAAUUGUGUCCUCUCUAAUCGCUUGCGAGUUCAUUGGUCGCAGACCUCUCCUUGUCGGUGGAUGUUUCGCCAUGAUGCUAUUCAACGUCGGUCUUGGAACUACUGGUUUCUUCAAGAACCCAGCAGCUGACAAGGCUGCCUUGGGGUGUCUUCUCCUUUGGGUCAUUGCUUAUGGCUGUUCAGCUGGACCAAUUGGUUUUGUUGCAGCUGGUGAAACCUCUACCCCACGCCUACGAGCCCAGACGACCUCUUUCAAUUUGGGCUGCUAUGGUCUUGGAUUUGUUGUCUUCCAAUGGACAGUCUCUUACAUGAUCAGCCCAGAUGCUGGUAAUCUUGGUGUCAAGGCUGUGUUUGUCUGGGCUGGAUUGUUGGUACCCACGACUGUUCUUCUUUGGUUCUUCUAUCCCGAGACCUAUGGCCGAAGUUACUGGGAGCUCGACGAGCUUUAUGCCCGGAAUAUCCCUGCCUGGCGAUUCAAGAAUACUCCAACUUUGGUCGACGAGAGUGGUGGCAAGAACCGAGCUCUUAUGUCAGGUCGAAAUGACCAUUCAACGAACAAGAACACCAUGACUUGA